GUUUUUUGUAUCUGCGAGCGACAUCAGUAUACUGCUUUUAGGAUACUGACGAUUUAGAGUUGACAACCAUGCUGAUUGCAUGCACGGCAGGUUGAAUGUGCAGAAGUGGCGUCCUCGAUGUACCAACUCAGUGUCCUGUACUUGACGUAGACAGAACAGUACACUGGUGAAACCUUGCUGUGCGCGUGUGCAAAUCUUCGCCGCGGCAUUCCUCAGCCGUGGUAGCUUAGCAGAUGGCACCUAAAAAGCAGAAGAGUCCCAAAGAUUUAUUGAACGUCACCCAGCUUACGGUCUUCCAGACCACGUACAAAGGAGCGUGCAAACGCUACAAUGUUACUCCCGAUAAGCCGCUUCUGGAGGAGAUCGAAAAGAAAUUGCUAAUCUGCAAGCCGCUCGAUAAGGUGCUCUUCCGUGGACCGCAAUAUAGCAGCAACGCACUAUGUGCAGCGCUCGACGCGAUGGCAGGCUACUCAGCCAUCAAGAACCUAGCUUGCUGGGGCUGCAACAUCGGAGACCAGGGCCUCCGCGCCGUGUCGCAGCUCCUGCGUGCCUCCACGCACAAGGCGUGGACCGGCUCCAAACUGCGCAUGGUGGAGAUCGUGAACGACGGAGCGGGGCUGUCCUCAGACCGAUGGUGGGGUAGGGGGCGUGUGGUAGGGCGGUAGCAAAACUGGCUGGAUUGGGUGGUGUUUGACCAGCGGUAACAGCCAUGUGGUGUGCUGAUGUGGGCAUCAACAUGGCUAACCGUGUGGGGCACUGGGACUCCUCACAGCGCACCCAACCAUGCAAUGAGGGCACACUUCCCCAGCGAAGGCCGAGGCUGUGGCUCCGUUUACCUCCGUUCAUGGGGUCAUGCGGUUAUCUCCACAAGCCCACCCAGCCAUAUGCGCCCCUCCGCCGCCUCUGUCACACCAGUGCACCCCACCCUCCUCCUCCCCUCCUUCUCCCCUCCUUCUCCCCUCCUUCUCCCCUCCUUCUCCCCUCCUUCUCCCCUCCUCCUCCCCUCCUUCUCCCCUCCUUCUCCCCUCCUUCUCCCCUCCUUCUCCCCUCCUUCUCCCCUCCUUCUCCCCUCCUUCUCCCCUCCUUCUCCCCUCCUUCUCCCCUCCUUCUCCCCUCCUCCUCCUCCUCCUCCUCCUCCUCCUCCUCCUCGCGCAGGCCCGAACGCUACAUGGAGCAGGCCAACGGCGCGGGCGGCAUGGUGACCCGUGGGUCGGGCUUCCAGCUGCCCUCCCUGGCGUUGCGGCACACGCAGGCGGUCACUCUGGACACGGUGGCGCUGCAGCAGCUGCAGGACCCGGCGGAACUCCCCCCCGACCUAGCCGCCCUGGAGCGGCAGCUCUCCAGCCUGCUCGCCGCCACCUCCCUCUCCACCACCACCCUCACCUACCAGCAACUGCAAACAGCACGGGAAGCUGCAACCGCCGUCGCGGCAGCAGCAGAUGCGAGCGUGAACGGCCUCAGCACAGCCGCAGCCGCAACUGCUGUAGCUGUAGCAGCCGCCACCGCAGCCGGCACCACAACUGAUAGCGGUUGUAGAGCCAGCAGCAAUGCCAGCAUCAGCAUCAGCGGCAGCAUCAGCAUCAGCGGCGCCAGCGGGCUGCGUGCAACCACAGCGGCGGCAGGGGAGGGGCGGCCGCUGCUGCGGCCUCCACCGCCAAUGGCGUUCAGCCCGGAGGUGCUCAAGGGCUUCUCACUGGCCCUCGCCACGCAGACGCAGCUGCUGCAGAUCCUGGUGCUGGAUCACAACCAGCUGGGCGAUGUGGGCGCGAAGAUGCUGGCACCCGGGCUAAGACGUUGCGGCAAGCUGCAGCAGCUGUCCCUGUCGCACUGCGGCAUAGGGCCCGCGGGCGCCGCAGCACUGGCCGCCACCUUCCCGCCCGACCCCAGCCCGCUGCUGGCCGCCAUGCAGCCCAAGUACAGACUGCUCAACCUGAGUUACAACCCGCUGGGGGCCGCGGGGCUGGCGGCGCUGGCAGCGGGCCUGCAACACCUGGCGGAGCUCAAGGCCCUGCUGCUUGCGGGCACCGAGGUGGGGUGCUCCUCUGCCGACCAGGAGGCGCUGGGGGCGCUGGCGGGCGCACUGGCGGUCAAUACGGGCAUCACGCAGGUGGACCUGGCAGGCAAUGAGAUUGGUGAUGCCGGUGCGGGUGUGCUGCUGCCCUUCCUGCAGUCGCAGCAGCACAUCCGCAAGUUCCGACUCACCCCGCGGCUGAGUCGUGCCGUGCUGGCGGCGGUGGUGGAGGCGGUGCGGGCCAACCUGCCCAAAAGGAAGAAGCGCGUGCUCAAGAAGAAAAAGAAGUAGUCGUAGUGGUGGGUGGGGGUGGGGGAGCUAGGGGUUGCGGGUGUGGCGGCCGAUGCGGAUGGUUUUUGUAGUAGGCGCAUAUGAGUCGUGAAGGGAGUAGGCGCUAGUUAGACGGUUGCGCAGAGCCGGUGAUGAGGAGUGUGCUUAGAGUAGGGUGAGGUGUAGAUUGUAGGGGUGUUAGCACCAUGAUAGGAUACCAGCGAGCUGCAUUCCCCAGCAUGGACGUGAAUGGAGGCGCGGAGGCGUGUUUGAUGACUUGCAAGCCAGUACGACUAGACUGUUACGGGUUGCAGACACGGCCAUCGUUACGCUCAGCGUCGUUACCAUCGUCUCGCAUUGCCGGUGCUUUAGCUGUGUCGGGGUUAGCGUGGUGACGCAUGGCCGGAAACCCGGUGUAAGCUCAGGACAAUUUUCGGCUGUUGUUGCAUGCCAUGGACUGGAUGCACUUCCAGACGCGCUUGCACUGCCGCGCGGCUAUCUUUACUGAGCAUGCAGGGAUGUAGCGAGACGGAC